CGGAAGCGGCGGGGUGAGGGCUCGGGCCGUCGCAGAGGAGCCGACUGGCCCGGGCCGCGAGGAUGAAGGAGGCGAAGCCCGAGCGGGAGCGGAGGCAGCGGCGGCGGCGCCGGCGGCGGCGGGAGGACGAGGACGAGCCGGGGGAAGCGGCGGGGAACGACGUGCUGGUGCCGGAUCUGUCUCUGGUGAAGCAGGAGCGGCGCAGCCCGACCCCCGCGUCCCGCUCUCACCGGCCGCGGUCGCGGGCCCGGCGCGGCUCCUCGGGAAGUCCGAGCCCGGUGCCGGAGGAAGAGGCCCCGCUGCCGUCUCCUGCCUCGGCCCCGGCCCCGCGAGCCCGCGGCGCUCGUGCCUCGGGCGACCGCGCCGGCAGCUGCAGCAGAUCACCAACCAAAAGGAAAAACAAGUCCUGUGGGAGAAGAAGCAGAUCUCCUCGGAGUAAGAGAAGCCGUAGUCCUCACCAUCCAGUAGUCAAGGUGAAGCAGGAACGUGAAAGUGAAAGCCGUCCCCGGAGAGAAAGAGAUGAAAGGCAACACAGGGAGCAAUCAGAACAAGAACACAGGCGGGAGAGAAAUGGUGACCGGGACAGACACCAUAGUCAUUCUAAUCAGAGGAAGACUGCCAGUGAGAGGCCUGGUGGUGGGCGAAAUCGAGAUGCCCAGAACCUACAGGAACAAGAAGCAGAAAGAGAGUUUUAUAACUCUCGGCGACGGGAGCGUCGCCAGAAGAAAGAUGUGGGUGGCAGCAGUGAUGAGAAUCAGGAGAUUGUUCUGCAGUCUGCUGGUGGCCACAGUAAAGGAAAAGACCCACCAAAUAAAGAGAAACCCAGCUUUGAGCUGUCAGGGGCACUCCUUGAGGAUACCAACAUGUUCCGGGGUGUGGUGAUAAAGUAUAGUGAACCUCCAGAAGCACGGAUCCCAAAGAAACGCUGGCGCCUUUACCCCUUUAAGAAUGAUGAGGUGCUCCCUGUCAUGUAUAUCCACAGACAAAGCGCUUAUCUUCUGGGCCGACACCGGCGAAUUGCAGAUAUUCCUAUUGACCACCCCUCCUGUUCAAAGCAGCAUGCAGUAUUUCAGUAUCGGCUUGUAGAAUACACCCGUGCUGAUGGAACAAUUGGCCGAAGGGUAAGGCCGUAUAUCAUCGACCUUGGCUCAGGCAAUGGGACCUUCUUGAACAACCAGCGCAUUGAGCCACAGCGUUACUAUGAACUAAAGGAGAAGGAUGUGCUCAAAUUUGGGUUCAGUAGCAGAGAAUAUGUACUGCUUCAUGAGUCUUCAGACACCUCUGAGGUGGAUAGAAAAGAAGAUGAGGAUGAGGAGGAGGAGGAAAUAUCUGACAGCUAGCAAAUUCAGAAGAAGUUCCUGUAGCUGCUAAGAGAAUUUUUCCUUUGUGGAAGGCCUGGACUUGGGAUUUAAAGAGCAGAGCAGCACUCCCUGGUGCCUCUUAUUGCCUUAAGUCUUUUCUCUGUUGCUGAUCAGCUUAUGUUAAAAUUUAAGAAAUUUGAUAAUUUGUGUUUUUGGUUGAACUUAUUUCUGUGAUAUGUUAGCCACACAAGUGUGGACAUUUGCUUUCAGAUAAUUUCACCAAUAACAGUAGUCCAUUGUGUGUAGUAGAAGCAUGAUGGCGUGGCAUGAGUUGGUGCUCUGGAAACUAUUGCCUGGUAACUGUAGACCCUUGGUUAAAAAGAGAAACAUGGCAUGUUCUCUUUGUGCAGCUAUUUGCUUUGUACAGUGACUUUUUAAGAAAUACGGACCAGCAGUUUUUCAUGUUUUAUUUUUUGUAAAUACCUAGACAGAGAAUUUGGCCCAAGUUUUGGUUGUCAGCAGAACAGACACCCCUCCCUCUCCCCUGCCCUGCCCCCAUUGUAUGCUCUGAAGCUUCUAUCCAGUUAACACUGAAUCAUAGAAAUCUAUUUCAUUAUUUAGGUCUUUGGGGAUGAGAAUUCCACCACACAUAUGACUUUAGUGACUGCUUAUAUGCAGACAAGUAUUGGGUCCUGAUGAAAUACGUGACAGAGCAGUAAAAUCAUGGCUGUUUUGAGGCAGAGAUUAAAAUGGUCCAUGGAUCCUCUUACAUAAGAGGAUACUGUAUUUCCCAAAGUAUCUUGGGUCUGUCAUCAAUUUGGGUUUUCUUGUCUGUUUAACUGCUUUGCAUUUAUUAUAAUAUCACUUUUUUCUUCUAAUUCAUAGCAUCACUUGUGUGGAAGGAUUACCUCAGGUGUUGGGAGCAGUCUGUUCAUUUUAACUAGAUUUGUGUGUGGUGGAAAGAAAUUUUUGUUUUGCUUAUUUUUUAAUAUCCUGAAAGGCCAUGUCUGUCAUCUUCUCCGCGCCCCCCCCCCACCAUAAGCAGGGAGGAGCUGAGGCAAGGGAAAUACCUAUUUACUAAUCUUCCCCAAGUCAAAUACAUGUGCAUCGAAUUUUGUCUGUGUACCUAUGUUGUAUAUAUAAAUUGGAUGCUAGUCUGUGUGGGUGGGUGGGUGUGUGUGGGUGGUGGCUGGAGGUGUGUACUACAUGCAUCUGAGUGGGGUUUUUUGUAAUGUAAAUGGAAUACUACAUUAUAAGUAAAGGCGUAGCUCACCCUGUUAUUUGAAUAGCAGGAUCUCAUUUAUAUAUGGUUUGGGAUCACACAAUAAAAGAAUUUGUAAAUGUAGCCCUACUCAGUCCCAAAGUGUAAUACUUUUCUAGUAUAAAAGUUUUUGAUAUUUUUUGUUUUUUAAAAAGGUUUAAGUUUUUAAAUUUUUUUUUUGAAGUGGAAAUAAAUGAUAAUUGAGAGGGGAAAGAGGUGGGAACACCACUGACAACCUGAACUAAAUUCCAGAUCACUAAUCCAUAUAAAUGAGUAUUGAAGCAUCAGUGCUUUCUAAAUUGGGAGCGAAAUGUUUAUCCUUACCAGUGAGUGUAAAGAAGCUUUUGUGUAUGCUAUGUAUAGUUGGCUCUGUAUAAACCAAGGCCUGAUUAUUCAGUUGAUGGAUUAUCUGUGCCCUUCCUCUCUUCAUCUCCCAUAGGGCCUUGCUGUUUCAGUGUACACAAACACCACUAGCAAAAUGCUGGUUAGGGAAAGGAAAAGAGAAAUGGAAAGUCAAUCAGUUUUGCUAUUAAUUAGUUCUUAGGUUGAAAUGUAUGAGACUUUGAGAUCAUCUCUGCAUGUGGUUAUUUAUCCCCUGCUUUUCUCUCAAUGUAUCUUGUUAUGGAUGAUGUUCAGACAGCUGACCACUGGUAUGUGGUGACAUGGAGUGGGGUUUAGUGUUUGUUGUUCAGCUUGGGGGACAAAAAGCCUUGGAAAACACCUGAGAUUUUGUGGAAAUAAGCUUAAAAUUCAAAGAGGCAAAAACUUAGCCGUUUGCAGUUUGUUCCCCUAGGUCUUUGUCUCCAGUGACUUUCCCGGCUACUACAUGCUUCAUGUCCAGUACCCAAUGUAUGUAUGUAUGUAUGUAUAGAACCUGAUUUUGUGUUUUUAAGUUUUCUUUGAAACUGACUGAGUUUUCCUUUGGCCCGCUCUUGUUCUUUGUCUCUCUCACUCUGGUGCCUCUCUGAUCAGCUGUGUUGCUACACUGAUCGCCGGUGGGUUUUGAGAUCACUUGACGCUGCAAGGCAGCUCUUAAGUUUUACUUCUAGCCUCCACCCUGGUGGACAUACCAGUAGAGCAUGGAGUAAAUACCAACUUUCCUACAUGCUUAUAGCACAGACAGAUGUUUUUGUACUAGGUUUUCUUCUUGACAAAUGAGUAAUGGUUAUUGGAUUCGAUGAUUCUGAUGGAAGAUUUCUUUAUAAAGGAUGGAAACAGUGGGCCUGGGAGCAAGGCCGGCUGAGAUGCGAUUCUCCUCUAGCUCCAAAGCCAGGUAUCACCAGCAAAUUUCUAAACUGGAGUAGUGACAAAUGUUGUACAAUAGUUCUUAUACAUUGUCUGAGAAACAUGUUUAGUUGGACGAUUUGGUUUCCUCUUCUGCCAUCUCUUGUCAAACUUACCUAGUUUGUUUUCAGUACCUUUUCUACUCCAAGGAAGAAUGACUGUCUAAACCAAAGCAAAGUGAAAAUCAAAAUGCUUUUGAACUCUGGUCAUUUGCAUCUCCUUACUGAAUUCUGCAGUCAAUCUGAAGUUCCCCUGAGUUCUGUGUGAGUCUCAUUUCCUCAAAACUUCCCAUUAAGUGUUUUCUCCAGUCGUACCAUACCCACCCUCUCAUCCUUUUAUAAACAAGCAGCAUCUCAGUAAUUGCAAUUUGUGAAGCAACCUUUGUCCUGACUUAGUAAUAAAUAAAAGCAGAAUUAAUAGCUUGUGUCUGUAAAGAAUAAUUUGAUUUGGGUUGGAUUUUUUAAUGGAAUUUUUAUUAUUGUAUUUACUCUAUGUCAGUAUGCAAUGCAGCAAGGUUUUAGAAAUCUCAUCACUUUUUAAAAAAUAGAUUUUCAGGAUGAUUAUUAUUUGAUAAAUAGUACAAAUGUUUACAUUUUUAUAAGUCCUUUCCUCCCUUUUAAAAAAUCAGUUAUUUGGCCAAGAAAUGAAACAGUGUUAAGUUGAAGUAGAGUUUCCACAUGGUAUGUUCAGGUAUAUGCCAGCAGUCUCUGAAGUUUAAGAUAAAGUAUUCAGAAUAUACUAUGUUCACAAAUGUAUAUAAGUUUGUAUGAAGUGAAAUAGCUACUCACUUUUAAAUUAAAGUUUUGGAAUUAAAAACUU